AUGCAGUUCUCCAGCGUCCUCUCUCUGGUCUUUGCCAGCAUUGUCGCCGCUCAGGAUGUGGCCACUCUCUUCUCAGCCACCAACUUCGAGGGUGUCAGCUACACCAUUAGCGGUGCUGAUGACACUCUUGGAGGAUGCAACCCCGUUGCCACCUUCCCUCUCGUCCAGUCCAUCAAGGUCGCCGAAGGCCACGCUGUUGUUCUCUACAACACUGCCGACUGCGAGAUCCCCUAUGCCGCUUACGACCGCGACACUGCUGCCACCAUCGUCAACGGUAACUUUGCCGCCUUCUCCGUCGCCGUCGCCACCGGCCAGCAGGUUGGAGGUUCUGCUUAA